AUGAUGAUGCACACGUGGCUCUCAAAUCAGUGGCAGCGUGAUCCCUUCGAAGCUGCGCUUUCAGCUGGGGCCCUUCUCCUGAAUGCCAUGGGCGUCGUCCUUUUAGUUGUAAUGGGUUUUACUGAACUUGGGCUCUUGCCGAAGCAAGUCGAAUGGCUCGCUGAAGCUGUUUGGUGGGGGAGUGCUGCCAUCCUGGCGGGUAUGCUGGCCCAUAACUACUUUCGCCGGCCUCCACGGCUACAAGGAACGUCCAGAGACCAGAAUUCCGAUGACAACUCCAACGCAAUUCCGCCAACCGUAGCUGCCGCCGUGGCCGCA